AAGGUUAGAAAGGGAUAAGAGUCCGGAAAACACGGAAGACUAACCAUGGUUGAGCAGAACAUGGGUUCAGCUUGCUGAUGGUAGCAGAGUUUGGCCUUCUGUGAGUUUGCCGUUCUUGUUCUUUAUAAGCCGAAUAGCCAGAACAAAGAGGCGUGGGAGGCAAAGCAGCCAUUAUUAUAUCUUCUCCAGAGCACAUAUUAUUUAUGACUUGUCCUUAGCUGAGCCCAUCAAAGGCAUAGAUACCAUUUUUGUUAGAUAAUCCCAUGAAUCUAUUUCUAAGCUCUUGUUCUUGAGUCUUGUACACCUAUAUAUAAUUUCUUUGUCAAAGCUCCUUUAUAGUGCCAGGUUUUUGGCUCCUUUAACAGGAUUUAGCCUCAUCUUGAUCAUAUUCAAAAGCAAUUAACCUCACAAGAUCACAUAUCAAGAAAAGAGGGAAAACAUCUGGAUCUCGCUUAUUUGUCUCCUCUGUGAUUGAUAAAGAAUUGACCCUUUUACUUCCAAUUUGAUCCGAAAUAUGGGUCUCUCAAAUCUUCCAGCUCCAUCUGAAGGAGUACUAUGUGUGCUUUUGGUAAACACUGCCUUAUCAAUCUCCCUCUUCAAAGGGUUGGUCAGGACGAUUCUUCACAUUGUUGGCAUCCGUUUAUCAUGGUCCUCAUCAUCCUCCUCAUCAACCCCAUCCUUGGAUUACACAGAAGAGCCCAGUGAAUCAUUUGAAUUUCGUUUGCCUCCACCACAGACUUACAUUCAGGAGUUCCGGAGCAGGACUCCAACAACGCGAUUUGAUGCAGUUUGUAGUUGUAAAAUACCCGAACACGACUGCUCAGUUUGCUUGACUAGAUUCGAACCAGAAUCAGAGAUAAACUAUUUGUCCUGUGGCCAUCUUUUUCAUAAGGUGUGCUUGGAGAAAUGGUUGGAUUAUUGGAACGUUACAUGUCCUCUUUGCCGGACUCCUGUGAUGCCUGAAGAGGAGACAUUUUCCUUUUGGUGAAAGCAUAUACCAAGAGUCUGCUAGUCUCAGGAAAAUGUUGGUAUAUAGCAUGUAGUUAACAGGUACUUUUACUCGACUAUGUGAGCCAUGCCACUGUGUUGUAUACUUGUGUUUUGGGCGAGAUCAAGGUGUUGAGAGGGAUCAAAAUUUUAUUGUACAUAUUGCAAAGUUUAUGAUGUUUAAUGCAACUAUCCUACUUUGGUCUCAAAUUGCUUUUUC